AUGGCGGCCGCCAGCGAGCGGAGGGUCCGCCGGCUCCCGCCGCGGGACGGCUAUGGUGUCCACGUAUACACGAAUUCCUUCUUCCGGUACGAAGGCGAGUGGAAAGGCGGGAAGGAACACGGCCGUGGGAAGCUGCUGUUUAAGGAUGGGAGUUACUACGAAGGCGACUUUGUGGACGGAGAGAUUUUGGGCGAGGGCCGUCGCUACUGGGCCUGGUCAGGAAACUCAUAUUCAGGACAGUUCGUUCUUGGAGAGCCUCAUGGCCACGGUGUCAUGGAGUACAAGGCCGGGGGACACUACGAGGGGCAGCUGGUCCAGGGCACCAGGGAAGGACACGGAUGCCUGGUAGACCAGGCCGGGCAGGUGUACCGGGGCUGGUUCCACGACAACAAGAGGCAUGGCCAGGGGCAGAUGCUCUUCAAGAAUGGUGACACAUACAGCGGGGACUGGGUGCGGGACCAGCGCCAGGGACACGGGGUGCUGUGCUGUGCCAAUGGCUCCACCUAUGAGGGUCAGUGGCACAGUGACACCUUCAGUGGCCUGGGCAGCUUGGCCCACUGCUCAGGGGCCACCUAUCACGGACUGUGGGUCAAUGGCCACCCAGCAGCGCAAGCCACGAAGAUUACGAUCCUGGGCCCGGAGGUGAUGGAGGUGACCCACGGGUGUCCCUUCUCGCUUGUGGUGCAGCUGCAGCAGGACGAUGGGGAGGUGGCUGAGAGCGAGAGCGGGCGGCUGCUGAGUGUGUCGGCAGGCUUCAGGAGUGCGCAGCUCCCGGCCCACGCUGAGGUCAGCUCCUUCCAAGUAGAGGGCGAGUGCCAGCCAGAGAUGCCCAUGGAGACCCCCCUGGGGUUCCAGUGCAUCCCUUAUCCGCUGUUCAGCUUUCAGCCAGGGGGGCCGGGGCCCAGGGCUGCUGCAGAAGGGCCCGGAGGUGACGCCCUCCCCAGCAUGGGAGAGCUGGACCCAGCGCAGGGCAUGGUCACCGGCCUGCCUGGGCCUCAUGCCGUGCCACCUCUGGAGCAAGCGGCUCCUCCGUGGACAGCGUCCACCGUGGAAGGGUGCACGUGCGGAGACCCCGAUCUGGAGGCUGCUCGGAUGGACAUCAGUGGGGGACAUGGGCUGAGGGACACACAGCCCAAGGACCCCCGGGGCCAGGACGCUGGGCACCCCUGGGAGGAGCUAAGGCGCACAGAGGCUGGCUGUGCCAAGUUUGCCAACCUGCUCCUGGGGCCUCCCCCACCUGGGUACCGCUCCUUCCUCUUCCUGGAGGGCCACGACCAGCCAGGGCUGGCACUGUGGAAGCGGCUGCCCGCGAGGGAGGGACAGAGCUCAGGGGUCCGGGUGUGCCGCCAGGCCCGGGCCGGACCCCGUGACUGUGGUGGCCCGCGGCCCGGCCUGCCUGUGUCUCCCGCGCGGGGUCAGCUGCGGCCGCUGCCCGCUGAGCUCACGCUGGCUCCGCCGAGGCGGGAACACCUAGCGACCGGGCGCUCGGAAACACGGCUGCGUUGCCACGCGCGGCGGCCGGCCCCGGGCGCGCGGCCCGCCCAGGAAUGCGCCGGCCGCGGGAAGCGCUCCGCCCGCCUCGCCGCAUUCCUGCCGCCGCCAGAGCUUUUUCCACGCUCCGGGGAAUACGUGCUCGUGGUGCGGGACCUGACUGUGCCCCCCUUCCUGGGCUGCACGCUACCCCCCGCCUUCCAGCACUUGCGGAUUGUGAGAGAGGCCCAGCCCUGA